ACGCCGACGGGAAUACUGGCUCAUGCUGCCAAGGCAUGGGGACACUCAUCUGUCCAUGAGUUGCUAAUCAAGGGCUCAGACAUGGUGGCUGCUGCACAGACGCUGACAUCACUCCCUAUGACGGCCAAGAAGGAACACAAGGAUGGCAACCCAAAGAGGGCCCUAGGGACAGAUGACACUACUGAUGGAUUGUUGGCUGAAGGGGAUGAGAAUAUAGGGACUGAUCUCAAUGCAUUUCCAUCUGUUCCUGUUAACAAGAGACUGAAGAAGGGCAAUUGCAGGGUAAAUAACAUGACUGCUUAUAAGAAGUUCCCUGUUGACAUUAAGGGUGAUCCUCAAAUCCGAAAUGAGAGCACUGAUGUUCUCAAGACCAAAAUUGAGCUACCCAUAGCUACUCCAGUCACUAACAUUUUAGGGACCGAGCUGGACGCAAACGAUGUUGGUUCUGCAAUUCUGUUUUAUGAAUUCUGCCGCACAUUUGGGGAGGUUCUAAUGGCAAGCAAGCAAUAAGGAUAGUCUUUCAGCUUUUACUUCCUUGGUCAUUGUUAUGUAAGUGUUGUUUACAAUGCUAGAACUAAAUGCAAG